AUGGCGAUUUUCAGCACGUUGCUUGCCAUCUUGCAAUUAUUACUCAUCGAUGCAGCGUCGACGGUACCGGGGACAUGGAUAAACGUCGGUUUGCAACAUUUCCCGCAACUCGAGUCUACGCAAAUGAUAGAAACCUACGACGUGGCGGCGUCUAGUAUUUGCCACGGGCUGAAGGGUCUCUCGCAGGGCCAAGGGAAACUAUGUCAACUUUCCGUGGAUCACAUGCCAAGUGUGGCAAGAGGCGCUAAGUUUGGGAUUGUCGAGUGCCAGCACCAAUUCCGCGACCGAAGGUGGAAUUGUUCCACCGUUCAUGACGAGUCCGUGUUUGGACCUAUGCUCAGAUUAGCUAGCAGGGAAACUGCGUUCGUUCAUGCUAUCACAGCUGCAGGGGUAGUUUAUUCGAUCAGCAGAUCCUGCAGGGACGGCCAGUUAUCUUCCUGUGGCUGUUCCAGAAGCAGCAGACCUAGAGAUCUAGAUCGACAUUGGAUUUGGGGAGGCUGUGGCGACAACCUCGAGUACGGAUACAAAUUUACCCAAGCAUUCGUCGACGUUAGAGAACGGGAACGCAGCUUUAAAAGGGGUAGCAGAGAGCAAGGCAGAAGUCUGAUGAAUCUUCAUAAUAACGAAGCUGGUCGCAGGGCUGUCAUUAAAAGAUCUAAGGUAACUUGCAAGUGCCACGGGGUUUCCGGAAGUUGCAGUUUGAUUACUUGUUGGCAACAACUGGCAUCAUUUCGAGAAAUUGGUGAUUUUCUAUUAGAUAAAUACGAUGGGGCAACAGAGGUCAGGGUAAAUAGGCGUGGGCGUCUUUCUAUGCGAGAUCCAAGAUUUUCUUUACCCACAGCGAAUGAUCUCGUUUAUUUGGACGAGUCUCCAAACUAUUGUCUUCCUAAUGAAACAUUCGGAUCACUAGGUACACACGGCAGAAUUUGCAACAGAACAUCAUCUGGUAUGGACGGAUGUAAUCUCCUUUGUUGUGGUAGGGGUUACAACACACAGAAAUCAACUAUCCGAGAAAGAUGCGAGUGCAAAUUUCAUUGGUGUUGCUUCGUAGAAUGUAAAACUUGUGUUAAGAGUAUAGACAUUCACACUUGCAAAUAAAAUCUCGAUCAUAUCAAUAUUUGUAAAAACUUGAUUUGACUUUUGAAAUUCAACUUUAUUUGUAU